GGGCGUGGGGGUAAGCUCGCCGUUAACAGCACGCCGGGUCCCGGUGCUGCGGUUUCCGCGCGGCGAUCCGGUCGACCGCUCCCCGGUGUCAUCGGCCCCGGGGCUGCACGAGCCGCGCGGGGGAGAAGCGGAAGCAGAAAGUGGCGGUCGGGACCCCGGCGUCGGGUGUUUUCCCCCCAAGGCGCGAGCUCCUCGGACGCCGCAGUGCUUCCCCGCAGGCCGGGCCGCGGGACCGAGCGGGUUAAGCGGCGGCGUGACGUGUCUCGUCCGGCGCCGCCCCACGGGCCGCCCCGCAGGAGCUGUCAGCGGCACCGGCACCGGCCUGGCCAUGGUGGGGCUGCUGCAGGCGCUGGUGGCGGCCUCAGAGAAGGCAGCGCAGAUCGCUCGGCUGUGCCGGCGUGAGGAGCCCCUCUUCCAGCUGCUGGUGGCUGAGAAGACAGGGACUGACCGGAACAGGAGGUUCCUGCAGGACUUCAAGACGCUGGCAGACGUCCUCAUCCAGGAGGUCAUCAAGCAUGACCUGGGCAAGGAGUUCCCUGAACUGCAGGGUCACAUCCACGGCGAGGAGUCCAACGAGUUCAGGAACGGGCAGGGGGAGACAGUGGAGGUGCGGGUCUGUGCCACACCGGGAGACACCGCGGCUCUGCUGCGCUCGGUGCUGGAGCCUGAGUGGGAAGCUGCCGAGCUGCUGGCAGCCGCGGUGCACCAGGAUGUGGUGCUGGAGGACACGGAGCUGGCUGGCGUGGUGCUCAGCAUCCCCCCGACGGACCUGGCCAUCUGGAUAGACCCCAUCGACUCCACCAACGAGUACAUCAGUGGGCGCGAGGAUGUGACCCCCAUCGACGGCAUCGCCCCGGCGGGGCUGUGCUCGGCACUGGUGCUCAUCGGGGCCUACGACCGGCGUGUGGGCUGCCCUGUGCUAGGCGUUAUCAAUGAGCCCUUCUUCCGCCGGGACACCCUGACCCACAGGUGGCAGGGGAGGUACCACUGGGGCAUCGUGUACGGUGACACACGGCUGUGCUCGCUCAGCCCUCCACUGCCACAUCCUGCGCCCUGUGUAGUGCUGAGCCGGGCUGAGGCGGCCGCGGUGCGGGCGGCUCUGGGCCCCGUCUGUGGUGACCGCCUGCACUUCGCUGCCGGUGCUGGCUACAAGAUGCUCUGCGUCAUCCUGGGGCUGGCGGACGCCUACGUCCUCUCCGAGGGCAGCACCUUUGCCUGGGACGCCUGUGCCCCCCACGCCAUCCUGCGGGCCCUGGGCGGGGGGGUGGUGGCCCUGGCAGGGGCCCUGCGGAUGCGGCGGGCAGGUGGCACCGGGGACCCCCCCGAGCUGGUCUACAACCUCCCAGCAGAGGGGGCGGUGGGGGCCGAACGUUGGGCAAACCGAGGUGGGCUCGUGGCUUAUGCACACCCCCAGCAUCUGGAGACCGUGCUGGCCGCGCUGGCCGCCGUGCCGGAGCUCUGAACCCACGGCAGCCGGGGCCAUGGGGUGGAGAGUGAGGGGUGUCAGGGACCUUGGAUUGUAGGGUAGGGGGUGGCUGAGACCGAGGUGGCCAGGACCUCAGGGUGAGGGAUCACAGAGUGGCAGGGACCACAGGGUGCAGGGUAUGAAGUGGCUGGGACUUUGGGAUGCAGGACACGGGGUGGAAGGGACCAAGAGGCAGAGUGGCUGGGGCACCAGGGUUCAAAUCUAUGGGGUGACAAAGACCCCGAGGUGCAGAGUGUGGGGUGACAGGGACCAAGAUCACGGGACAGCCACGGCCCUUGGGUGCGGGUCCCCGGGGUGUGGGACGGGUCGGGAGCUCUGUGUCGCCACCGUUCCCCGACGCGCCCCCCAUGUCCCCUUCUGUCGCGGGGUCGCGGCUCCGGCACCAUUAAAGCCUCCUCGCACCCGCGUGUCCGUG